AUGAAGUUGAACAUUUCCUACCCUGCCAAUGGCAGCCAAAAGCUCAUCGAUAUUGAAGACGAGCGCAAGCUCGCCGUCUUCAUGGAGAAGCGCAUGGGUGCCGAAGUCGCUGGCGAUUCUGUUGGGGAUGAGUUCAAGGGCUACAUCUUCCGCAUCACUGGUGGAAAUGAUAAGCAGGGUUUCCCCAUGAAGCAAGGUGUAAUGGCCCCGGGCCGUGUCCGUCUUUUGCUCUCUGAAGGCCACUCAUGCUACCGCCCUCGCCGAACUGGCGAGCGCAAGCGCAAGUCGGUCCGUGGCUGCAUCGUCGGCAUGGACCUUUCCGUCCUCGCCCUCAGCAUCGUCAAGCAGGGCGAUGCCGACAUCCCCGGCCUGACCGAUGUCGUCCACCCAAAGCGCUUGGGUCCCAAGCGUGCCACCAAGAUCCGAAAGUUCUUCGGCCUCACCAAGGAUGACGAUGUCCGCAAGUACGUCAUUCGCCGCGAGGUGCAGCCCAAGGGCGAGGGCAAGAAGCCCUACACCAAGGCCCCCAAGAUCCAGAGACUAGUCACACCCCAGCGCCUCCAGCACAAGCGCCACCGCGCUGCUCUCAAGCGCCGCCAGGCCGAGAAGGUCAAGGAUGAGGCCAACGAAUACGCCCAAAUUCUGGCCAAGCGUGUCGCAGAAGCCAAGGCUCACAAGGCCGAUGCUCGCAAGCGUCGCGCUUCAUCCAUGCACAAAUGA